CUUCAGUCCCCCCUGGCUCCUGAGAUGAGGCCCCGGAUGCUGCCAGUGUUCUUUGGGGAGAGCAUCAAGGUGAACCCAGAACCUACACAUGAAAUCCGCUGCAACUCUGAGGUCAAGUAUGCCUCAGAGAAGCACUUCCGGGACAAGGUCUUCUACGUGCCCGUGCCUACAGUCACAGCCUACAGUGAGACGAUCGUGGCCGCGCCCAACUGUACGUGGCGCAGCUACCGCAGCCAGCUGACCCUGGAGCCGCGCCCGCGGGCCCUGCACUUCUGCAGCACGACCAUCAUCUUCCCCAAGCACGCCAGGAACACCUUCCGGACCACCCUGCACUGCAGCUUGGGCCGGCCCAGCCGCUGGUUCACCUCCAGUGUGCAGCUGCAGCUUUGCCAGGACCCUGGCCUCGGCCUCCUGGGCCCUGCAGCACUCUAACGGGGCUGGGGCUGGCACCUGGGCUGUGGUCAGGCCAGGAGCCCCGGGGAGGAGCCAGGAGGACAGA